AAAGGAGUUUAGGAGUUUGAGUUUCUAAAAAAAAUGGAGUUGAAAGUAUUAUUCUGCUGUUUGUUUGUGUUCUUUUCGUUGAGUUUAGCUGAUAACGUCGACGUUUCAAUUAAUGGAGAAACUGAAAGUGCCACAACUGAUGAAAACUAUAUAUGCGCAACUUUAGACUGGUGGCCUGAUACUGAAUGCAACAAUGGCUAUUGCUCUUGGAUCAAGUCUAGUGUUCUGAAUAUGGAUCUGACAAACAAGCUUAUGAUCAAUGCUAUGAAGGCAUUUGGCAAUCUGAGAAUUAGAAUUGGAGGUUCACUGCAAGAUCAAGUCGUAUAUGAUGUAGGGUAUUCUCAGCAAGCGGGUUGCCCUGAUACAUUCUCACAAGACGGUGGUCGAUAUGGAUAUGGCCAGGGUUGCCUUUCCCAGCAGAGAUGGGAUGAUCUCAAUGCAUUGUUCCAAGAAACAGGAGUUAAAUUGACAUUUGGGUUGAAUGCUCUGGCUGGGAAGCAUCAAUCUACAGAUGAUAAACUUCUUUGGGUUGGUAAUUGGGACCAAAGAAAUGCUCGUGAUCUUAUGGAGUAUUCUAUAUCAAAAGGAUACCAUAUUGACUCCUAUGAACUUGGAGAUGAAUUAUCCGGGACCGGAGUUGAAGCAAGAGUGGACAGUGAUCAAUAUGCUAGAGACAUGAUUCAGCUUAAGAAGUUAGUGACAGAUUUGUACCCUGAUCCUGCCACAAGGCCAAAGGUUAUAGCCCCCGGCGGCUUUUACGACAAAGCUUGGUACGAUAACUUCCUGCAGAAAUCCGGACCCAAUGUGGUGGAUGGUAUGUCCCAUCACAUCUACAACCUUGGUCUAGGGGGUGAUCCUAACCUUAUCAACUUGGUUCAAGAUCCAAUCUACUUGGACAAUAUUGCUCAAACAUUCGAAGAUGCAGAGAAUUCUGUGAGGGAGUUUGCUCCAUGGGCUGAAGCAUGGAUUACCGAAGCCGGUGGUGCUCUUCAGAGUGGUGGCCGGGAUGUUUCUCAUACUUUUGUUGAUGGUUUCUGGUAUUUGGACCAACUUGGCAUGGCAUCGACCUACAAUCAUAAGGUUUACUGCAGACAAGCUUUCCUUGGAGGCAACUACGCUCUUCUCAAUGAACAAUCAUUUUUCCCCAAUCCCGACUAUUAUGGUGCACUUCUGUGGAAUAAUCUGAUGGGAAGUAAAGUUCUUGCUACCAAACACAGUGGCCCUCCUUUCCUGAGAGCUUAUGCUCAUUGCUCAAAGAAUCAGCCUGGUGUUUCACUCCUAUUGAUCAAUAUGUCCAACACUACCGCCUAUGAUGUCUCGGUCAUCGACGACUUCAAUCUGUAUCCUGAUCAACUUGCAACACGCAAAAACGGUCCAGUAUCACAAAGAGAAGAGUACCAUUUGACAGCAGAAGAUGGCUAUAUUCAGAGUGAUGUGGUGCUACUAAAUGGAGUAACUCUGAGUCCAACAGAUCAAUUUGAAAUCCCAACCAUGACUCCAAAUCUUGUGGAUAAUACUGCUCCAAUUUCAGUUGCACCUGAUUCCAUUGUGUUUGUCCGUUUCAGUGAUUUCCAGGCUUCUGCCUGCAGUGCUUAGGAGAUUGUAUUGUGUUUUCUUCAUUUCUUUUAGAGUCCUACAGUUCGUAGGAUGAAGACCAAGAUCAAGUAGUUAUCAUAGGACUUCUUAUUUUUCUUUUAUUGUUAGUCUUUGUUAUAAAUUUUUCAAACAUAAUAAAAAAGAAUCUAUAUAUCUUCUCGAUAUAUAGAAUUUAUUA